UUUCUUCCUGUGUUCUUCACUCUAUACGUACGUGGUGAAUCCAUUACAUUUCUCAGCAAAAAUGCCGUCUUCGAUCCACUUCUUCUUCUUCUUCUUACCACUGCUCAUUACCCUUCUCCACCUCUCUUCCUCCAUCACCCAUGCCACUGUUGCCCAACAAAGAAAGGUGUACAUAGUGUACAUGGGAGAUGUAUCACCAACUAGAUCUCAUAUUUCAGCACUAGACCAACACCAUGACUUGCUUCUCUCGGCAAUCCAAGAUGAAUCCAUGGCUAGAAGUGCCAAACUAUAUAGCUACACGAGAAGUUUUAAUGGGUUUGCAGCGAGGCUUUUGCCCGAAGAAGCUCAUAGGAUAAGGGGGCGUGAAGGUGUAGUCUCUGUGUUUGAAAGCCAAAAGAACCAACUACACACAACUAGGUCAUGGAACUUCCUAAAGAUGCCACAAGAUGUAAGGAGAAAAGCAACGGUGGAAAGCAACAUAAUCGUUGGUUUGUUGGAUACUGGUAACAACUCAAAUCAAAUUCUUGACCAAAGAAUCUACCCGGAUGCUCCAAGCUUCAACGCUUCAGGCUUUGGCCCACCGCCAGCCAAAUGGAAAGGCAAAUGCGACUCCGGCGCCAACUUCACCGGCUGCAACAAUAAAGUGAUCGGAGCGAGAUUCUACAACCUGGACCAGAUGGACCCUAACAUCGAUGUCGAGACUCCCGCGGACUUGGACGGCCACGGCUCCCACACCUCCUCCACGGUGGCCGGAGUUCCCGUCGGGGGAGCCAGCCUGUACGGAAUCGCCAGAGGAACCGCCAGAGGUGGUGUCCCCUCGGCCAGAAUCGCCAUGUACAAGGUCUGCUGGAGCAGCGGCUGCGACGACGUCAAUUUGAUGGCCGGAUUCGACGACGCAAUCGCCGACGGCGUAGACCUCAUCUCCGUCUCGAUCGGCGGGAGCCCCAAACCGUUUCACGUGGAUCCCAUAGCUAUCGGGGCCUUCCACGCCAUGAAGAAGGGGAUUCUGGUUUCCUGCUCCGCUGGCAACAUUGGGCCGGCUCUGGGCACGGUUCAGAAUGUGGCGCCAUGGAUUUUGACGGUGGCGGCUUCCAACCUUGACCGCCAGUUCAAGACUGCCGUCAAGCUGCGCAACGGGGUGAAAUCCGCUGGAAUUUCGAUCAACACAUUUUCGCCCAAAAGGGCCAUGUACCCACUAACCAGCGGGAUUCAAGCCGCCAUAAACGUGAGUGGAUAUGGGAAUGCAAGCGCUUGCGAUUAUGGGACUCUGGAUGAAAAGAAAGUGAAGGGGAAGCUCGUGUUCUGCCGGGGAAGCGCCAACCAAGACUACUCCAUUAACGAGAUGAAAGGUGCCGGAGUGAUCAUGACCGCCGCACAAAUGUCCGACAUUGCCGCCCUCACCAUCAUCCCCGGAACCGUACUUACCGUCGCCGACGGCGACAAGAUCGAUAGAUACAUCAACACUACCAAGUACCCAAGGGCCGUGAUCCAAAAGACAAGGACGGUCCACGUCAGCGCCCCAGCAAUUGCCUCCUUCUCAUCCAGAGGGCCUCAAUUUAUCAGCCCCAGCAUUCUCAAGCCGGACGUUGCAGCCCCUGGUCUGUCCAUAUUGGCCGGCUACUCGACCCUCGCCACUUUGACCGGAACCAAGGAUGACCCCCGCCGGUAUCCCUUCAAUAUCAUCUCCGGAACUUCCAUGGCUUGCCCCCAUGUUACCGCCACCGCAGCCUAUGUCAAGAGCUUCCACCCUGACUGGUCACCCGCCAUGAUCAAGUCCGCCAUCAUGACCACAGCCACGCCAAUCAAGAUCCCGGCAGAAGGUGAAGGCCUGGCAACAGGGUCGGGCCAGAUCAACCCAACACGAGCCCUCCACCCAGGCUUGGUUUACGACAUGGCACUGACCGACUACAUCAGCUACUUGUGCAAAGAAGGCUACAACGACUCCGAUAUCAGCCUCCUUUACCACAGCAGGAAAAACCUCUCCUGCGCAGACAUCAAGCCAGCCAAAGGCAGUGACGGCCUCAACUACCCUUCCAUGCACUACCAGCUCAAUGCCAGCAUCACAACCUUCUCUGUCGAGUUCCACCGCAGCGUCAAGCAUGUCGGGUUUGGACACUCCGUCUACAAGGCCAAGGUCACCUCACCCAAAGGCAUUUCGAUAGAGGUAUUUCCGGAGAAAUUGGUGUUCAACAGGAAGCAUCAGAAACAAAGUUUUAAAGUCUGUGUAAGCGGGGAACUGAAGAAUGGUACCUACAUUGCCACGGGCUCCUUGGUUUGGGAUGACACCAAGCAUGUUGUUCUUAGUCCCAUCGUUGUGUACAAGCCACAGGUUUGGUCAGGAUAAUCUUCUUAUUCUUCUUCUCCUCUCCCUAUUACAGGGCUUUUCUUGUAGGUUUGCUCUUUGCAUAUUAAUCACACACGGGUAAUCAGAAAUUUUUGUCCAAGCU